AUGACCGUUCAGCCACUCAGUUCGGCAACUGCUCCGCUCGCAGCUGGACCAUCUGGCUCAAGACUCCCUGCAUCGCCCUCGAAGCGAGUCCGCACAAGGCAGAUUGCAGGAGCGUCAGUGAGCCCGGCAAAGAAACGCAGGCUUAAGACUUUACCUGCCGUCAAAAAAAGACCGCCGACAAGACCCGCGACUCGACGAGCUCCACCCCAAGAGACGUGUGCCUUCUGCUUGCAGCCUGCUGAUAGGUCAAGGGGUGGUACACCCAAGCUGCUCAUUUCGUGCUACGAAUGCGGCAGCAGCGGACAUCCCUCGUGCCUCAAGUGGGGUCGCAAAUCGACCAAAGUGCACAAAGCCUUGUCGUACAAUUGGAGGUGCAUCGAAUGCAAGAAGUGCGAAGUUUGUGACGACAAAGGUGACGAUGCACAGCUCAUGUUCUGCGAUCGGUGCGACCGUGGCUGGCAUCUCUACUGCCUAACUCCUGCUCUUUCAAAACCACCCAAGGGUCAAUGGCACUGCCCGACCUGCGUAGCCGGCGAUCAGCACCAUCAAUGGUCACUGCCGGCCUGUCCCGCUUCCACGCAUCUCCCCAGCCAGAUCGUACGUGUCUCGAGCUCCGGCAGACAAAGUAAGCCCUCGAAUCCGGAUAGGAGCAUCGACUCGCUUCUGACGGCGCACGCCUCACUUCAUCGGGCCAAAGAUGCGCAGCUGCUCGCUGGCCCCAAUUUCGCCGUUAUGAACACGCUCAAAAAUGGCCUGCUCAGCGCGGCUGGCUCUUUGCUCAACUUUGCUCCCGUCUCUCCAUGGUCUCCACGCUCGAAAAUACAGACGGGCAUGAUGCCUUCAUCGUUGAACAGCUCUUCUAAACAGACAGCUACUGGUGGCGGAGGGAGUGCCAGAGGCGGCAAGCGAGGUCGUCCUAGAAAAUCCGCCGGUGCGUCUCGAUCCAAUCAAAGGCCGGUUUCGAGUCUGACUGGUGCAGAUAGACAUGCUAGCAGCAGCAGGAACGCCAGGCUCGGCGAUCAAGAGGGCUCAGAUUCUUCGGACGGAGAACACGGCUUAGAACAUGGCGUACACGAUGGAGAUUCGACGAAGGACGUCCGAGAAGAUGACGAAGACGAUGCAGCCGGUGAGUGUGACGCCAAGAGCAGCGAAGAAGAAGACCCGUUCGGCGGCGUGCUUGAAGGGUCGGAUGCACUCACGCUGCCGUACAAACCGACACCGCAAGACAUUGAACGUUUUCAACGUGCACAACAAGCUGCUCAAGACAAGCUUGGUGGCAUUCUUGCCGACCUACCAGCAAGUUCGGGCAGUCGCGUGGUCAGGCGACCCGGACUGACUCCGACUGUGAUCUCAAGUUCAGCAGCUGCAUCACCGCGCCACGCGAGCUCAAUCAUCCCUACGGACUCACCCAUUGGCACAUCUCGUACCUCCCGUGCACAGCUUGUUACUCGACAUUCGCCAUCAAGCACAUCAGUGUUAUCGCAGGUUGAGAUCACCACCGCGGCCAGCAGUGCCGAGACGGGAACCGCUUCACCAAUCAAAUGCAUCCGCUUUGGCGAGUUCGAUAUCGACACUUGGUACCAAGCGCCUUAUCCAGAAGAGUACAGCAUGGUACCCGACGGACGUCUGUGGAUCUGCGAGUUCUGCCUCAAGUACAUGAAGAGCCGCUUCAUGGCACAGCGUCACCGACUCAAGUGCAAGAUGCGACAUCCACCAGGCGACGAGAUCUAUCGUGACGGCAACAUCUGCGUGUACGAGGUCGAUGGCAGGAAGAACAAGAUCUACUGCCAGAACUUGUGCCUGCUUGCCAAGAUGUUUCUUGAUCACAAGACGCUCUACUAUGAUGUGGAGCCUUUCCUGUUCUAUAUAGUCACAGAGGGUGACAGCACGGGCGACCACUUUGUGGGCUACUUUAGCAAGGAGAAGCGCAGUCCGAUGAAUUACAAUGUCUCAUGUAUCAUGACACUGCCAGUGCGCCAAAGGAGGGGAUGGGGUAAUUUUUUGAUCGACAUCAGCUUUCUGCUCUCCAAAAAAGAGGGGCGAACCGGUACGCCCGAGAAGCCGCUCAGCGACCUUGGUCUGCUGAGCUACCGCAAUUACUGGACGCUGGCUGUAUUCUACUAUUUGCGCACAGCCCCGGACGAGGUCAGCAUGGACGACAUUAGCCGCGCAACGGCCAUGCAGUUGGAGGAUAUCUACUAUGUGCUUGCAGAGAAAGACAUGAUUGUAGUUUAUGACGGAAACAACGCAAACAGCCGAACGCCAGCAACAAGCAAGUACCGCGCGCGGGAAGGCAUUGCAGCGGGCUCUGCCUCAGCUGGUGGUACCUCUUCUGCGCCCGAGUCGCAAUUGCGCAAACGUGGUAGGCCGCCGCUGCAGCACAGACCGCCACCUGCAACCCGAUUGCCUUCGUACAAGGACAGGGACAAGAAUGCGGCUGCUUCCCUCCCUCGCGACUAUCGCAUCCACUUUGAUCGUGACUACGUGAUCGCGCAUCUCAAAAACUACGAAUCCAAGGGGUAUCUUAAGGUGCGAGCCGACAAGCUCAAAUGGACGCCGUUCCUGGUGUCUCGCUCUUUUCCUCAGCCCAUCUCGAGCGCGAUCAACGGGCACAGCGUGUGCUCAGGUGUCGGACAUUCGAAUGGUACUCCAGCUCCGUCUGGAAGCGGGACCUUCACACCAGCAGAAAUGAUGGCGAAUUUGGGAUACUCUGUGCUCAAUCAGGUGCAAAAGACGCCUGGCAGGGCGGAUACCGUGAGUGCUCGCGCAAGCCCAGCUGCUGCAGCUGGUCGGCGCAACAUGGCGCUAGUUGGUCCAGCAGCAGCGAGUCCAGCGGCAAUCGGUGCCAGUAAUUCUGCCAAUGCAUCUCUACCCAGCAGCCCCGGCCAAAUCCCGAUCGCUACACCGACUCCAUCGUCACCCAAGAAGCGAAACAGACCUGUGCCACCCGCUGGAAACGCUUUGUAUGACAUCACGCUAGGCAACACGAAGAGCGAAGAAGACGGACCGAGAAGUCAAGCAGAGAUAGCAUCAGGCCUAGUCGGUUCUCUGCAAGUAAGCCCGGAUAUUUCUUCCUCGAAAACUGCUACAGCCAACAUCGACGUUGCAGGCGCCGCGGAUGCGUGGGACGAAGACUUGGAUGCAGACGGAGAUGCCGAUGGCGAACAUGAAGCCGACGAGUACGUGUAUGACACCUCUGCCCCGCUGACGAAGCAAGAGUCGCAGUCGACGAUCGCGCCUGGGACGGAACCACUUUCUGUCAAUGCGCAGCGUCUUGAGCGUGUGCUUACGGCUAGCUCAGGGGCGCCCAGUGGUCCUGCAAUACGCGUUUCUCCUCAAGUGCAACUUCCGCUGGAGGUGGCUAAUCCAUGGCAAGCGCGUGACGGUGCUACCACCACGCCUGACGCCUACGAUGCAGAAUAUGACCUUGGUGACGAAGACGCUGAUGGCAGCGACGAUCCUGCUCUUGAAGAAAUCUAA